GAAAGUCAAUGGAAAGAAGAAGCAAGUGUAUCAUUAUUUGCUCUCUACUCUGGUUUAUGUUAUUGCGAUCAUUUGACAUCUCUAUACUUUUCUCUUUCAAAACCUGGAAACAAAGGGACAGUGACCUGUAUAAAUUUAUUUUGAAUUCGGUUGCUAUCUUGUUUUAUAUUCCUUUGCCCAUUUUCAGUCUCUUUGCUGAAAUUAAGUUUGGGCUGCUCAAAACAGCUAUUGCCAUCACAUGUAUUGAAGCUGUAUGUUCACUGUGCUACACUAUACUGUCUGUUCUUGAUGGUUCAGUGAUAGAUACUGUUACAUCUGUGGUUGUCCCACUCUUUCUUUUUGCACAAGUUUACUUUGAGACUUUAGUUCUAUGCUUCAUUGCCAAUGAACUUACUGAAAGUUCCUGUAGAUCUGACCAUUUCAGUACUUAUGUCUGGUGGCAUGUUUGGUGUGCACAUACUGGAUCAAUGGUAACAGAAGUCAGCAGCUGCCUAUUUGAAAGUUACAAUAAUUUUGAAGCUUACGCAAGUUCUGUGCAUUUUACAUUUUUAAUAGUUAUUAUAAUAUCAGCUCUCUUCAUAAAGAAGUGGACUAUCAGAUACAAUUAUACUGUGAAUCCUCUCAAACUUAUUUCUAGUGUUUUAUGUUUUGCACUAAAGAACAAAUAUCCUUUGAAACGCUCUGCAUUGACUUACUGGGAGGAAACUGAACCAUCUCGUAUUAACUUAGGGAAAGCUAAAUAUGGGGGACCUUUCUUAGAAAAAGAUGUGGAAAGUGUUAAGACAUUUUUGCGACUAACCCCACUACUCAUUGUGAUGACCAUGAUUUACUUUCCCUUCCAGACAUUAGGACGUUUGACAGAAAAGAAAGGAUCACUUCCUUUUUGCUUUCUAUUUCGUACUUACGUUGCAGAGUAUGUAGUAAUAAUCAUCUCUGUACCUCUUUACCAGUUUAUCAUCAAACCUUACUGCCCAAGAAAAAUGAGGUUGAGUAUUCUAAAAAGAACUGGAUUAGGCAUAGCACUUGUAGUUUUGGCAAAGUUUGGAUACAUUGCACUUGACUUGCUGAUAGCUGUUCCUGCCCAUGCUAACAACAAUGAAACAAUAUGCUUAGUUAAAUCGGCAAUCAAUGACACUGGGUACCAUGAUAUGAUCAUUAGCUAUGAGUCAUUCCUAUAUUACUACAUGAUACCUACAUGUAUUAAUUCUCUAGGAGCUCUUCUUACCAUUACUGGCAGUCUAGAAUUUGUUUUUGCUCAGGCUCCAUACAGCAUGCGUGGAUUACUGAUAGGUUUGUGGUUCAGUUUUAGUAGAAUAUAUGCAGCAGUUGGUUGGAUGAUGGUUAAACCUAUUGAGGCUGCAAUCGGUGGUACAAGCUACACAGUAAUGAAGAUGUUUUCAAUGCUCACUAUGUUGUUGAGACUCAUUAUGAAAAUGAAUUUGAUAGACGUGAUCAAAUUUGUACUUAUGGUAGCACAUCUGAAGCUUUUCAUAAUUAUUUUUAAUUCUUUGUACAACUUUUGUAUGCAAAUUAUUAUAAUAAAGUAACACUUUUCU